GCAUAAACCGGGGGAACUUUCCCUCCGAAAAGUUUUAAAGCUGUUCCCGAAGGGCGGGAAGCGUAAGGCCGCGUGCGUGCUGCGUGUCGCGCAUCGAUCGGGCCACCCCUCGCCCUCGCCACUCCCGGCUCCGAUACAUUCAUUUGGACAAAAUAUCAUUCCAUCAUUGCAUUUAGUAUCCUCCGUUUCUUUUAUUUAUUUGCAGUAGUUUUAGUGAUUUAGUGCAUGUUUUAGCGUCUAGUUAAUAAAUAGUAUUUGUGAAAAUGGGUGGCUGUGCAACGAAAGAAAACAAGGAAAACAAACCGGCUGACGAUGCCGACGGAAAAGCCGCAGCAAUGGUGGACGCCGCAACAAUCGAAAAGUUGGAGGCUGGUUUCAGCAAGCUCCAGGCCUCUGACUCCAAGUCACUGCUGAAGAAGUACCUCACCAAGGAGGUGUUCGACGCUCUUAAGAACAAGAAGACCUCCUUCGGCUCCACCCUCUUGGAUUGCAUCCAGUCUGGUGUUGAGAACUUGGACUCUGGUGUCGGAAUCUACGCCCCUGAUGCCGAGGCGUACACAGUGUUCGCCGACCUCUUCGACCCCAUCAUCGAGGACUACCACAAUGGUUUCAAGAAAACCGACAAGCACCCCGCCAAGAACUGGGGUGAUGUGGAGACCCUCGGCAACCUGGACCCUGCUGGCGAGUUCGUCGUCUCCACCCGUGUGCGCUGCGGCCGCUCCAUGGAGGGCUACCCCUUCAACCCCUGCCUGACCGAGGCCCAGUACAAGGAGAUGGAAGAGAAGGUCUCCUCCACCCUCUCCGGACUUGAGGGCGAACUCAAGGGUACCUUCUACCCCUUGACUGGCAUGUCCAAGGAAACCCAGCAGCAGCUCAUCGAUGACCACUUCCUGUUCAAGGAGGGUGACCGCUUCUUGCAGGCUGCCAACGCUUGCCGCUUCUGGCCCACUGGCCGUGGUAUCUACCACAAUGAGAACAAGACCUUCUUGGUCUGGUGCAAUGAGGAGGACCAUCUCCGUCUCAUCUCCAUGCAGAUGGGUGGUGACCUGAAGCAGGUGUACAAGAGGUUGGUGACCGCUGUCAACGACAUUGAGAAGCGCAUUCCCUUCUCCCACGAUGACAGGCUUGGUUUCCUGACUUUCUGCCCCACCAACUUGGGAACCACCGUGCGUGCUUCCGUGCACAUCAAGCUGCCCAAGCUGGCUGCCGACAAGGCCAAGCUGGAGGAGAUCGCAUCCAAGUACCACCUGCAGGUGCGCGGAACCCGCGGCGAGCACACCGAGGCUGAGGGCGGCGUCUACGACAUCUCCAACAAGAGGCGCAUGGGUCUCACCGAGUACGACGCCGUCAAGGAGAUGCACGAUGGCAUCGCUGAACUGAUCAAAAUUGAGAAGUCGCUGUAAAUCGGUUAACGAUCUCGCGUUAUCAGUAUUUUUUGUAUUAUUUAUCGUUUUCACGUAAGAAUUCAUUGGAAGUCGGAUUGGUUGGGCCGGCAGACGGCACUAGUCAGCGCCCCGCGAGUGUGGCCGGCCACGCAAGCGGCCCUAUAUACUGUUUUUCGUAAAAGUAUUUUCUAUAAGGAAAUGGAAAAUAAAGACAGCUAGCGUUAAGACCAA